ACUGCGGAUCUGGCAACACGGCUCUGAGGGCAUCAGUCAUGUGACAUGUGUGUCAGCUGAUGCUGUGUGGAGGAAAGAGGACGUGAUAGCAACAAUGCUAAAAUUGCUCGAUAAAAUCUCUCCAACAGAGUGUCCUAAACUCCUGCACAGGGUGGUGGAUGGGAUCUGUGGUCGGAGUCACCCAAAGCGCACAGAGUAUGGUGAAACAUGGAGUCUGCUGGAGUGGGGAGAACUCAUCAGCUCACUAACCUACUUCUUCCGAGUCGCUGUUGGGAGGAAAUGCUCAGAUCAGGAGUUACAGGAAUUACUGGGUGAUUUGGAAUCUGUACGUGCAGAGGCUGUUCUGCAGUGUGUGCAUGCCAGGCAGGAGGAGAUCAGGCAAGCGCUGGUGGACAGAACCAACAGAAUCUGCAGUACACAACUAGAUGACUUCAACUGGCAGCUAAAACUUGCAUUAUCCAGCGAUAAGCUGUCAUCUUUAAACACUCCCCUACUGAACCUCUGUCUCGACCUGACAGAGAAUGGACUCCAGAGAGCUGUAAACGUAGAAAUGAACAAAGAAGAGUUAAACACACUCAUCACCGCAUUAGAGGCUGCUAAUAAGGUGAUCCUGCAGAUGAAAUGAAUGGAGCAUAUGAAGAGCUGUGGAUGUGCGAGGACAUGCCUCAGGAGUGAGGAACUGCAGUGCUUUUAUAGGAUGCUGCUACAGUUCAAAUAGGAAAAAGAAAGACUAGGAUGAAUGUGUGUAUCUGAAGUUGUGUGUGUGGAGCCUAGUGCAUGUGGAGGUCGCCCGUGACUCAGUGCCUCGGUUGUAUGGUGAUAACUGAGGUUGAGAUCAUUAUAUUUAACAGCAUUUGAAAUGGACUGACAUAACUGAAUAUUUGCUUCUCUUCAUUUUUCUACAAGAGUGUUUAAUUAGACAUCAGGAGCUUGAUUAUUUAACAAAUUUCUCCAAAUUCUUCAUGCCUUUUUAAACAUGAAAACAAACCAUUUCCCUAUUCUAAAAGUGUGAAUGAGUAUGGAAGAUGAUGUAUAGAAUUGAGCAUUGUUCAAAUUAUUGAAGAUUGAACUCAAUGCACAUUAACACAGUCAACACAGUCAAAGCUCUUGACAGAUAUACCACUGCUCAUUCAGGAGUAACAGAUAAUAAUUAAUGUGAGCAGAGCCUGUAACAGAUAAUAAUUAAUGAGAGCAGAGUCUGUCUGAUUAGAAUUUUCCUCAUUGUUUCCCCUCCCUGGUCUAGCCAAGUCUUUCAGUUUCAAUUAACUGUCAGUUCAGUCCAUUUGCCCACCCCUAAGGAGAACCCUGGCUGUAUGAGUGUGUGAUGGGGAAGGAAUCGAUUAUUAAAUAAACUGCAUUUUUUAUUGUU